CCUACCAGUAAGAAGAAGACUAUUUGGGGAUGUGCCAAAUUUGAAAGAUGCAUUAGGAAGUCAAAGAUCAGUGAAAGAAUAUGAUAUCACACUUACAACUCAAGAUGUUAUAGAAACACCCAAAGUAGUAAUUAACAAUGAUUUUCGAUUAUCACCAUUGGGGUUGGAUGAACAAAAUACCAGUAAUGAUUUACUCCAGAUAUCUCUCUCUAGUGAUAACACCUUUAGGCAUUCGCCAAGAGACAAAAAUAGAGAAAAAAAGUGCAUCAGAAAGUGAAAGUAUUAUUGAUAAAGUGACUAGACUGAAUAAUUCUUCAUUGACUAGAGGUGAUAGACUGUAUGAAAGUCCCAGGUUAUCAAGAAAUGCUGAUAUUAGUAGGUCUGGAAGACUGACUAAUACCAGACUAUUACCAAAGUACUUGACCAGAUCUAGCAGCUUUAACAUUACUUCAUCCUAUUCACAGAAACCUGAAACUUGUUUUCCAUCAGAGAGACGGUCUUCAGUGGUAACAAGACCUUUGACUGUCUAUCGGGCAAAUGUUCCUUCUCGUGUUGGAAGUAGAAGUCAAUCUCCACAGUCUUCCUACAUGAGAUCAAAGUCUCCUCUCAGAGUUGUUGAUGAUAUAUUUAAAAAGUACCUUAUUAACUAUGACAAAAGGUAUUUAAGUGAUCCAAUUUCUGAAUCUAAAUAUGGUAAGUAUCUUUAUCCUCCCACCACAGAGAGAUAUGAUGAUUAUAGAAGCACUGGAAUUGCUAGAUCCAAAUCGUUUUCAAGUCCAAGAACCAAUUUCAAAUCUGGUUGUCAUGAAAAUUAUUCCUAUUUGUCACCUCGAGAUAACAUAAAUUUAGAUUGCUAUAAUGAUUAUAGGACCAAUCAGAAUUUGUAUAGUAAACAACCAAAACACACAGUUUCAAAUUUUGGAAGAUCAUUUCCUCAACCGUCAUAUGCAAACGACUGGAAAGAUUGGAAUCAUUACAGGGACCGUUAUGAAUACUUACCAGAAACUGACGAAAACUAUGCUCAAAAUAAUACUCAGUUUUUGGACGAUUUAGAUCACUCUAAAUACAGGCAGAAUACAACUUAUGAUCACAAAAAUACUUUUUCACAUGAUUUUGAUGACAAAUUAUCAUUAAAAUAUGUGAAUCCAUCAAGUUACAGCCAAUUGCAUUCAAGCCAAACAACAAACUCUACUUUGCAUCAAAAUUCCUUGUAUCUGAAACCUAAAUCACCUAUUAUUAGAUCUGGAUCUGAAGAAGCCUUUAUGAAUAACCAUUACCAUUAUGAUAAUGACAGUGAGCUAUCAGGUAAGCCAGAGUAUGAUGACUCUAAAGUAAAAGAAAGUACAAGAACAUCGCAAAAUCCGAAAAGGGUUUCCUUCAGCAAUGAGUUCCUUUAUGAUGAUAAAUCAGAUCCAGAUAUUAACUUAGAUGCAAGUGAAAACCCCGUAUCUCCUGAUGAAAUGAAACAACUGUAUGAGUCACAAAAUAAAGAUUAUACUUCACUAAAUAUUGGAAAAGUAAUGUUGGCACCUGAUUUAAUAAAAGAAGAUUUAAAACAAAAUUUAGUUCAAGACAAUAACUUGGAAUCGACUACAAGUGAAAAAAAGAAAGCUAAAUUUUCAAACAGUCUUUUAAGUGGGAGAUCUGAACAUUUAAAAGAUCAAAACAAAAAGGAGAAAAAAUUCAAAGAAACCAAAGACGACUUUUCAAAAUUUGAAGAUGAAUCUUUGUUAAUUACUGGUAAAGAUAGUACUUCACCACUCAGUGAGGAGAAAUCAGAUGAAUUAGAAAUUAAUGAAAAUAAUAGUGAAACAAGUUCAGUUCUUGAAAAUGCAAAAAAUUACUUAAAAAGAAGAAGCUCUUUAUUCCCAAGUGAUGAUUUAAUAAAGAAAUUAGAAGCAAAUGAAGAAAUUAACCCCUAUUUUGCUAACUCAGAUGAAAAUAAUUAUGCUGAGAUAGCUGCAGACUCUCAUAUAGACCCUAAAAUACAAGAUAGUGAGAAUUUAAGGCAGGAAAUAAUUACCGAAAAACCUUCUCUUUUACCAGAAGUCAAACAUGAAGAUAAUGCUAUAAUCCCCACAGAAGAGCAGAAUCAAGGUAAUGAAAUUUCUAUGACUAAACAAAAUAUUGAAAAAGAUGAAACAAGUUUACUCAAUCAAACUGUUAUAUUAGGUGAGGUACAAGAUAGUGAGAGACCAACAAUUCAAACAGACCUACAUUACAGUGAAGUGGAUUCAAGAAAAGACAGAGAUGCCAAUUUUGUAAUAAUGAACUCAGAUAUAGUGGAAGAUAAACCUGUUCCUAUAGACGAAUCACAAAUACCUCUCAAUGAAGCGAAGCAACAUAGUGUACCCCUUGAAGAUAAAGAGGAACUGUUUCAGCAACCUGACGAACCCUACUUAAUUGAUCCAAACCAAUAUGAACAAACUAGUCAACAAGUGUAUAAAAAUCAAGAACUUCAACCUCAACAGUAUGUUGAAAAUAAAAUACAACAACAAAGUGAUCUGAGUGAUUAUCAAGGUAUUGAAUACAACCAACAACCAAUUUAUGAAGAUACAAAUCUUGAACAAAAUGUAGUACCAGACAAUUACAUUGCUCAAACCUAUCAAGGUGAAAACGUUUAUGAAGACAAUGUGGGAGAAUAUGGAAAUGUGCAGUUUGAUCAAACUCAAGGACAGUAUGAUCAAUAUGAGCAACAAUCAGCAGAAACUUAUCCUGCUGAAGAAUAUGUUCAACAAGAUGUGGCUGGUUAUAAUGAAACUCAAGUUUAUGAUACUGAGGGUUAUGAUCAAAGAAAUAUACCAAAAGAAUACCAACAAACUGAUAUCUAUCCAAGUGAUUAUCAACAACCUGUAGAAUAUGGUGUUGAUAAUUAUGAACAGCAAAGUGCACAAGAUCUUCAGCAACCCGUGCAAGAACAGUUUCAAGCAGACAAUUACAUCGAACAAGCACAAUAUGGACAAGGUUUUGAAGGAGAAGGGGGAGACCAGUAUAUAGAAGGACAAUAUCCGGGAAAGCCCAGUGUCCAAGAGUAUCCUCCUGCAGAGUAUGAAGGAGAGUAUCCACAGGAAUAUCCCCAGCAACCAAUUCAGUAUGAAGAAGGCUAUCAGGACCCAACACAAGACAUACAGAAUGUACCAGAACAGUAUGAUGCAACUUAUGAGAAGGACCCUCAGUACCAAUAUGAACAACAAGAAGGGAAUUUUGAUCAGACAAAUAUUCCAGAACAAUAUGAUCAGUAUCAGCAAAAUCUACCUCAACAGUAUGAGCAAUAUGAUCAACAACAACCUGAUCAAUAUGAUCAGUAUGACCAACAAACUACUGAACAGUACGAUCAGUAUGACAAGCAACAAGCAGGGCAGUAUGACCAAUAUGAGCAGCAGCAAUCUGUGCAAUACAACGAUCAGUACCAAGGAGAACCAGAUCAAUAUGGAAAUUACGAUUAUGGUUAUGAUCAACAAUCAGGAGCACAGCAAGGUUAUACAGAUGAUCAGGUUCCUUACACAGAGCAACCUCAAGUUUAUGGUGAUGAUAUGUCGGCCACUUAUGGAGAUAUACAGCAACCCUACUCUGAAGAUCAGGAGAUUUAUGGUGAUCAGCAACAGUCCUAUGGAUCCCCAGAAUAUUUACCUCAAGAUAUUGAUAGUAAAAGACUUGAAGACGCUCCUGCCCAACCGGAAUAUGUUCCAGAAAUUCAUCCUAAUGUAGAUCAGCUUCAUGAACCAGAUUCAACCACAGUCAAUGAAGAUGGUUCUCAACCAUUCCCUGCAACUGUGGAUUCUACUAAAAGUGGCCCUGUGGAUAAGGCAAAAGUAGCUCCUGAUCUGAGUCAUGUUCUGGAGUCAGACUCUGAGACAGCACAAUUGAGUCAGCCAGCUGUGAGUCAAGAGGACAGCAGUGACUUUGACUUUAGCGCAGGGAAAAAGUGAACAGAGAAUUAAGUAGCGGAAGAGUAGAUCCAUAAUAUAUCAGGUUCUAAGAUACCUGAACUUACAUUCUAACCUUUUUAUUGUUCAUAAGUGAGAAGUAAGAAUGUUGGUAUGUGAAGCUAUUAUUAAUUGAAUAUUAUUUAUUGUAAUUACGUGUUUUCCAAAUUAAUUUUAUUCUAUAGUCAAAUCUGUGCUGUCAAGCAAUAAAACAUCAAAUUAUCCUUUCUCAGCAGUAGACUCCUUCUAGUUCGGCCACCUUGGGACAGAACCCUUGACCAGAUUGCCGGACUAACCAGUGGUAUUUUUUUGACAACCUACAAAAUCAAAUCAGAACCAAAUAUGAACUCUAAGAUGGUUUUAAUAAUCAAGUACAGCAUACUCACCCCAGCAGUUAUUGUUUUGUACUGUCACGGUAUUCCAGUCACAUAAAAUAUUGAUACAUCAGACAACAAGAAUAAAUAUGUAAUAAAUAAAACUCGUCAUGAAUCCUGAACUUAAGAAAUUAAUUUUUGAAAUAUAUCAACAAACAUCAUUGUCUCUUAAAACUGCUAUAAAUGAAUAAUUAACAUGUUCAGUGAACUUAACAGGAAUCUUUUAUUUUCUUCUGCUUCUAUUUUCUCACCCCAGCACUGCCAUUCCUUCGUCAUGGCUCAAAAUUUCCUUGCCUCUUCCCUCUUCGCUAAUUUCGUGUUCCUGUUUUGAUUCUUUUUCUUGAAUCAUGACUGUUUUGACUGUCAUUGUCACUGAGUAUCUCAUCCCAAGUUUAUCAUGAUUAUGUGAAACCCAUUCUAUAACAUCAUUAGAUUACACCCAUUCUGUCAACCAGAUCUGUAGAACUGGGCAGGAGUAGUAAAUCAUUCAACAUAGACUGGUUAUCAUUCGAUUCAGAGACAUGGAGAAUUGGUUUUUCUGUUCUCUAGCUUCCUCCUUUGCUAAUCUCUACGAUAUCUUCUACUUCUGGCCAGACCUUUCGCCAGGACUUGGUGAAUGUAGAUGAUGGUAUCUCAUCAUAAGACUUAGUCACCAUAUAAACAACGUCAUUAAUGUUAAUUGUCUUAAUAAGAUGGUCUGGUCAUCAUCCAAUUUACCCAGGAAUUCAAAAAAAGCUUCCUGCGGUAUUUUCUCUUAAAACAUUCCAUGACACCUUGGUCUAUUGGUUGAGAAAUACUUGUGACAUUAGGUAGCAUAUAAUAGUUUCAUGUCACUGAAACCAUCACAUUCAUGGAUGCAUAUCAAGCACAAGAAGUGCUUUAAUCAGCAACUUCAAUGAUGUCAAGUGUUCUUUAACUCUUGGAACGAACUCGGUCACAAACCACUCAUUUAACAAAUAUGAAUUUUUUAUUUUAUUGGAAUUUUUGUGUAAAUAAUUGAAAACGCUGUAACUGUUAUUGAUGUUUACUUGUUCUCAUACAUCUUCAAAUAAGUUAUGAAAAUUUAUUAUAUCAAUAUUAAUUUAUUUAAAUAAAUAAAAUUAGUAAUUUGUUA